GCAGACGUUACAGGAUACCAGAGGAGGGCUUCACAGUUACGCUGGGCUUUGAGGCAACACAGUCAUGCUGCUGGUGUUGAGAGCUUUGCUGGUCCUGAGUUUGGCUCCCCUGCUGCACGGCGCCAGGAAAAGCCAGUCGGUCUCAGCAAAGCUGGGGCCCAGAGCUGGACUGAAGGGCCACAGUGUGAGGUUGGUUAUAGAUCCUUCAGUGCUGCCGCACUUCACCGCAAAAUCUCCCUCAAGCAUCGCCAACAUGUCUCUGUCACCGUGGACGUACAUUGACUCGUCCGUGGACUCUCGUUUGCCCAAGCAUAUCUCAAACGCCCAGUGCCUCACCACUGGCUGUCUGAGUCCACAGGGAGGAGGGGAGGAUAGAGCCCUGGAGGCUAAACCCAUCAAGUACGAAGUUCUGGUCCUCCACAGGGUCCUCAAACCGUCUAAGAAAAAAGGGAGGAAGACGAGGAAGCAGUACAUCUUCACACUGGGGACAGAGGUGAUCACAGCCGGCUGUACCUGUGUGAGGCCCACUGUCAUACCUCAGGGGUAG